CAAUGCUCAUACGUUAGACGAUGCCGGCAAAUUCGGUGGCGAUCGGUGCUUUUAGCUGAAUCUUCGCCACUACGGAACAAUUCUAUAGUUGUACAGUGGUGUGUUUCCGAGGCAGAUAGAGAAAGAGCAACCAUAAGUUGGUAGUAGUGCCACAUCGCAAAUUCGCCGACUGUUGUCAGCAAAAUUACCUUUUUCUGCGACGAUAGGAGAUGAGUUUAUCUGGUGCAAAAUGUUCUGAUAAAAGUGACACUUCUACCAGCCUUUCUAAACAGUACACCAUCAUGCCAUGUAUAUCAAAUACACGUUUAUACGAAAUUGACUUAGAACGUUUAAGUAAUGAACAAUAUCUAAAGGAGAUUUAUAAUCCCUCAGUGAUGAAUGAACCAUCUGGACCUAAAGCUCGAAUCCCUAUAAGACAAGAAAAUACUGAAGAAUCCUAUUUAAAAAAUAAAUCAAACAUAUUAUCUAUCGUAAUAACUUCGUAUAGCACAAUUACUCACAUUCCUUUGAAAGUGAGGAAUCAUCUAAUGAUGAUAGCAUUGAAAAUGGAGAACAGAUGAAAAUAGAUCAACAUGAGAUUGCAAAAACAAACAAUUUCGUCAUUCGCAAAAUCGUUCUAGAACUUUUUCUCCAGAAAAGACUUUGAAAAAUGGUUCAAAAUGUAGUACUCCAGAAGUUCAGCUAUUUAAAAUUAAACAAGAUAUAGAAAGCAGGAAACUAAAAAGAAAGCAAGAGCAAAAAGAGAGCAAGAGACUAAAAGAUUAUCUAAUAAUCCCAUUUAUUUCGGUCAUUUUUUUUGCUGUGGUUUUGUUUCCAUAUAUGUAUAAAACACAAGAACAACCAAUAAAUCAUGAUAAUUUACUAUUUAAAUUUAUCAAAAACGUUAAAGCAAAGUUUCAUAAUCAAGAAUCAGAUAGCUGGAAUGAUAUUUCAUCUGCAAUAAAUGAAGUAGUAUCAAGAAGCCCUAAAGUACCUUCGAUUAUUCUAUUAUUUGCGAAUGAAACAAACACUAUGGAUUGUUUAGCCACAGAACUGGCACAUGUAAGCAGCAGUAUUUUACAUACGGACCAUCCUAAGAACUUCAAUCCUGAAGAUUUUGGAGAUAAUGCUGGUGAUGUCAUUAAUACAUUAAAAAAAAAUUUUCCACCAGUAAAAGUUAUAGUCAUUCGUGAUAUUUUGAAUAUUAAUGCAGAAGCGAUAAAAGCAUUACAUUUUUUGUGUGAUAAAGUUAGCCCUUUAAUUGACGAAGCUAUUUAUAUUCUUACCAUGCAAACCAACAAUUAUCAACCAUCAAAGAAAAGGCUGACCUUUGUGGAAGAUUAUAUUCGCCGUAAACUGUCAAAAAGCAUUGAUCAAGACAUUUUAAUGCCACUUAUAACACGCAUUACAGAUGGAGCAGUUAUAUUGGUACAACCUGAGCCAAAUUUAGAACACUGCAGGAACUAAUUUGUCCGAAUUGUAAGAAAAUGGUGUUCUAGAUUUAAUAAUAUAAGUCUGUAAAUAAUAGAAUUAAUUGCGAAAUUAUUAUAUAAGUGCAAUUACCAUGAGUUUAGUAUAAAGUAUAUACACAAUAUAUGUAUGUAUAACAAAAUACAGAUUAAUAACGGUACAUGAGAUUAAUAACAGUACAGAUUAAUAACCACUUCUAAUAUUAAAUAUAUAGCAAUAAAUAUCUUUAAGACUUCUAAGAUCUUAUUGUAAUUAUGUCAAAUUAGUAUGCUAAAAAUAAUAUUGAACAUAUAAGAUCGAAUAUACAAGCCGAUUUGUAUUUCUUGCGGGAAAGCAAUCAUGAUUAUUCAUAUAUUUUUCACUUAUUUGAAUAAUAAUUGAAAAAUGAUAAUUUAUUUCAUACCAAAAUUAAUCCAUGAUUUCCCUCUUCUCUAGUACUUAUUAUAACAUUAGAAAGCUGCUCUCGAAUUAGGAAUUAAUUUUUUUGAAACUGCAACAAUACUUACAUGAUAAUUAUAAUAGAGAUAAAUAAUAUUUAUGAUUAAGCUUGUCAUUGGUUACAUAUUGAAAAAAUAUAAGAUCUGUUAAUUUAACUUUAUUUUAUGUCAAUAUUACACGAAAUAAAGGCUUUCUAAUCGUAAUUUCAUAUUUCUAUGUAUUUUCGAAAAAUAUAAUGACAUUGUUGUAUCUAGCGAUUUCACGCAUAUUUCCGAAUGACAUUUUAUUUAGCUUUAAAAUAAAAUACAAUGGUUGGGAUUACUUUAUGUGUGUAACAUUCGACUUUCGUAUUAAUGUGUCAGUCGGCAGUCCGUACAGUGUGAUUGAAUGUCGAGUAUCAUAUCCUACUCGUUGCCAAUUUACAAGACCUUUCAUCGUAAUUCUAAUUUAUGUAAAGUAAUUCGAAAUAUUAUUUACAAUCAAAGAAAAUGUUAUUAAUAGUUAGUAGAAUAUUGUGUUUAUUAUAACUACAAUUAGUAUUACAAUUAAAAAUAUAUGGAUAACAAAAAUUUAUUUUUUCAACAUUUUGUAGAAACUUGUUUAUAAUAAAGGUCAAAUUAUAAGCAAAUUGCAAUUUCUUAUUAACUCGCAUCAUCUUGUUCAAUUUAAAAAACCAAAAAAUAUAUAUAUGUAUAAAAAUUUGCAUAUAUACAAUGUUAUAGUCAAAUUUUGCAUAUAAUUUUAUAAAUAUUUAAUUCGUGACAUGUUUUUUUCACUACCUUCGAAAAACAGGUCAGAAAGUAAACUUAAGAUAAUUGUGAAAUUUUAACAAUAUCUAUAAAUAUUCUAUUUUAAUAAGCUCUCUGUCGAUUUAAUCCUUUCAGAUUCUUGAAAAAAUAAAACAUGAUAUUCAUAUUUAAACUAGUAUUUUCCAGUACUUUCUUUGAACGAUGAAAUACUUUAUAGCAGGAAAAAAAUAGCAAUAAUUUUUUACACAUACUAUUAUUAAUGAAUGUGUCAUAUAACAUGAAUAGUCAAAAUUUGUUUUGAUUAUAGCAAUUAUUACACACAGAUUAUUUCGCAACACAUUGAAACAAUAUUAAUUUGACUGGUUAAAAGCCCUAGUUUAAAUCGAUCUCUGUGUUUUAUCAAAUAAUGGUUUUAUAAAGCAUUUUCUCGCACAUUUUAUUUAAAAACAACGUGCA